AUGGUGAAGUGCUUAUUGCAUAGAAACGGAAGAGAAGUUUCGGCCAAAAGUAUCAUAGAAUCAGUGAAAACAGUGAUUCUUAAUAACGAAGAAAUCCAAUUAUUGACAGAUAUUUUGUUAAAUAAACAAAGCGAUGGUUCGACUGAAUGGCGAAAGAAAAACGAUCCGUUGGCUGUUCUUAAGAAACAGCUUCAGGAGAAAGAGGUGGCACUCGAGAAGACACUGAAGAACUUGUCGACAGCCGUUCAAAAGACACGCGAAUUGCGGAACGAAUUAGAAGUGGAAAAGUCGUCGCAAUUGAAUAGUCGAGAGAAGAGCCAACAAAUGCAACACGAAAUACAAGCGCUUCAUCUGAAACUACAACAGAGUUACGAAAGUCAGAGGAAUGAAAUGAAUGCAAUGCAGAAACAGUUGCAACAAAUUCAGGUCAAACUCAGCGACGAACGAAGUCACGCCAUUCGACUCCAAGAAGACAACUCUCGACUCCAGCAACUCAUGAAGAGUGACCAACACGUGAAGCACGAAGUGGAUCAGCUCAGGACUGAACGCACACAGUAUGAGAUGCGAAUGUCUGCCUCUCAGAAGAGUAACGAAGAACUUCUUCGAAAGACACAACAAUUGGAAAACAGAAUCAAAUCAAUGAGUGAUUCGCGACAAAAAGAUGAAACCACUUAUCAAAUGCACAUUAAAGAUGUCUCACAAGAGUUACAGAAAUGCGAGACUCAGAGGAAUGUUUUGGUGGAGGAGUUGAGCCAUAAGACGAAUAAAUGCAAUGCAAUUGAAUCGGAAAAUAUUCAAUUUAUUCAGAGAUUCAAAGAGUUGGAAGAGACGAAGAACUCAGAAAUUAAAGUUUUAAUCGAC